AAAGAUCGAGCGUCACGUUAGAAAGAACCGCCGUUUAGCUUUAGAUCGCUUUGAGUUUAAAGAAUAUCGUCAGGAACGCAGCGCAACUUUCGAUGAGUUCUAUAUUGGUUUGUAGCGCAUAGCCAAGUGCCCCGAAUUGUGCCGACAUUGCUUUGAUCAACGUAGGACAACGCGUGUCAUGAGUGGCAUCUGUUACCAGGAGGUGCGCAAAAAACUGCUUGCUAUUGCACCGCUCCCAUCGUUACAGACAGCAGUUGACUUAUGCCGCAGUGAAGAAGCACUUGCAAAAACGAGUCAUUGUUGAGCCGUUCUGGUGCCACUUCAGUCAACGUGUUGAAAAAGCCAGAUGAAAAGGGAAAUCGAUCCCGCACUCAUUCACUCCGCCGUGGAGAAUACAAAGAUAGACCCAAGUGUGGAAAUUGUGGUCAUCCCCCUCAUGAUGCCGGCAAGGAUUGCCCAGCCAAGGGUAGAGAUUGCCAUAGUUGCGGCAAAUCAGGCCAUUUUUCGACGGUUUUUGAAAAGCAUAAGGAUAAGAGCGAGAAACAAGUUGCAAGUUGCAAGAAACUCGCUAGCAUUUGCCUCGCACAUAUCGCAGCUGCCCGUCAUGCUCCAACCAUCGAGGUCGGCAUUCACAGUCGGUCGGGUGAGCACCUCUACACUGCCACCGCCAUUCCUGAUACUGGCGCUGAAGCAACGGUAGCCAGCAUGGCGAUUCUCCAAUUACUCGGUGAGGAUGUCAACAAUCUGUUGCAGCGUGGCGUCGACAACCUCACAGCGGCAAACAACUCAUCGCUGAAAUGUGCCGGCCGCCUUGUACUGCAGCUACACUACAGAGGCAGAUCGGACACCACAUCCGUUUGAUUCAGUCCUGAGCAUGACGGAAUGGUGCUAUCGUGGUUCGUUUACGUCGAGCUAGUUCUUUUUCCGCCCUGCUACCCGGAACCCUUCAUGAUCAACACCGUCGCCGCCGAAUUGCCACCUCCAAUUCGACCAAUCGACAUGUCAGACGUAGCUGCCUUGAAACAAGAGCUCUUGGUCGAAUUCGCAGACUUCUUCGACAAGGAGGGUCCUUUGAAAACGAUGUCUGACCCACCAAUGUAGAUUUAAUUACUGCCGGACGCCGUCCCUUUUGCAGUAAGCGGCGCUAGAACAAUUCCAUACGCUCAGCGUGACAAGGUGAAGGGCCUGCUGGAUGAAAUGCAGACCAACAACAUCAUUGCUCCCGUUACCCAGCCGACGUCAUGGACUCAUCCUCUGGUAGUCGUCGGGGAGCCGAACGGAAAGUUGAGGAUCUGUGUCGACAUGACCAAACUCAACCGGUACGUGAAACGGCCUUACUACCCGUUAGUCUCUCCAAAAGAUGCUGUAGCGAGCAUCACGAGUGGUGCCAAAAUGUUAAGCACAUUCGAUGCCCUACACGGAUAUUGGCAAAUUCCGCUGGAUGAAGAGAGCCAACUCCUAACCACCAUUAUCACCCCGUUGGGCGAUACAAAUUCUUGCGUGGACCGAUGGGCCUCUCAUCAACAGGUGAUGAAUUCUGCCGCAGGAUGGCAGCAGCACUGGGUUAUUUGCCCAAUCUUCAUUGCGUCGUCGACGACAUGUUGUCCGCCCACGAAGAUCUGCCGUCUCAUUACAGUGCCGUCCGUGAGAUUCUGAUCCUGUGCCGUAAGAAUCAAAUCACCCUCGGCGCAGCCAAAUUCAAGUUUGCAGCUAGUUCGGUACCUUUCACCGGCUAUGUAGUUGGCAGUGACGGCGUCGCCACAGACCCGGAAAAGCUAUCAGCGAUUGCUGAUUUUCCACGGCCGGUCAACAUCACUCAGCUGCGAUCAUUUCUUGGUUUGGCUGGUCAGCUGGUCGACUUUUCCGACGAAAUCGCCGAUGCCGCUGGUCCGUUGAGACCGCUCCUACGCCAAGGCAAUGAGUUCAUGUGGUCAGCUGACCAAGAAGAAGCUUUUGAGACCGUCAAACGCACUUGACAUUCCCUCCUGUCUUGGCCAACUUUGACCCAUUGGCCGAUACCGUUUUGCAGACGGAUGCAUCGAGAAAAAAACGGCCUUGGAUACAUCUUGCUUCAACGCCAGGGCAGCCAUUGGAAGCUCAUCCAAUGCGGAUCACGAUUCGUGUCGGACACCGAGAGCCGCUAUGGCAUGGGGAAGCUCGAGCUGUUGGCGGUGGUUUAGGCCAUGAAAAAGUGCCAUCUUUAUCUUGUCGGACUACCCAAAUUCACUCUCGCCGUUGAUCAUCAACCGCUAGUAACAAUCUUAGAUCGUUACACACUAGAUUGCGUCGAAAACCCCCUUCUGCAACGACUAAAAGAAAAGUUACGGCGUUGUGUCUUUCCAACCAUUUGGCGCCGUGGCAAAGAUCACGCCAUCCCUGACGCGCUUUCUCGCGCGCCCGUUGCUGAUCCGAAGCCCGAAAAUCUGUUGGAUAGCGGCCUCGUCGCCCAGGCACGCAUUGCCGUCUUCAACAUCGUCGCAGCCAUCGAAUCGGACGAGGACGAUGGACCAUUGCACCUGCCGGACCCAUUACUGGCCGAUCUGCGUUCUGCAGCAUCGUCAGACGCAGAUUAUUACGCCUUAAUAGCCACAAUCCAGGGGAUCCCGUCUCGUCAAGAGGAGCUGCCGAUCGCAAUCCGCGGCUUUUGGAAAGUUCGCAAUGAUUUGUGGAGGGAUGACUGCCUGAUGUUGUUCAACAGCCGUAUCGUGAUCCCCUCCGCCAAGCGUGUUGAAACUUUUCAAAAAUUGCAUAGUGCUCAUCAGGGCGUCGAGCGCACAAAACGUCGUGCCCGUCAACUCGUUUAUUGGCUGGGCCUAUCCAGCGACAUGACCAACACGGUCAGGGCGUGUGAAAUAUGCCAGAAGGCAUUGCCCAGCCUUCAACGCGAGCCUCUCAUUUUCGAUCCCAGUCCAUCAUGUGUGUUUGAGGACAUUUCCAUUGACAUUUUUUGUCACGCCGGCAACCAUUACCUUAUCUAUGCCAAUCGUUUGUCUGGUUUGCCCGCAGUGUUUGAAUCUGUAAAGCGCGAUCUCUGUUCCCACGAUGUGAUUCGGUCGUGCAUGCGUUGUUUUGCUGAUUUUGGUGUACCCGCCCGCGUUCGUUCCGAUGGCGGCACUAAUCAGACGUCUGCUGAAACCUUGACCUUCUUCGAGAAAUGGGGCGUAACAUCUGUCAAUUCGACCCCCCAUUACCCUCAAUCGAAUGGCCAUGCAGAGGCGGCCGGCAAAGCCAUGAAGAAUCUGGUGCAAAAAGCAGCCCUGAACGGCCACCUGGACACCGACGCCUUCCAGCAGGGCCUACUGGAGUGGCGCAACACUCCCCGCGAAGCCGGCCUGUCGCCUGCUGAAAUCGUCUUUGGCCACCCCAUCCGAUCCAUCCUGCCGGCCCAUCACACCGCCUUUGCCAGCAAGUGGCGCGAGCUUAUGGACCUGUCAGACCGCCUAACAGUGUUGCCACAAGUGGCUUUCUGGAGCCAUUUUGGCUUUUUUUUGGUUAAAAAUUGGACGAUUGGCUUUUCUAGUUUUUUUCUGGCUUUUUGGCUAUUUCUGGCUUUUUCCAAAAUUUUCCCAUGAUUUGGCUUCAAAAUGGGCUUAUUUUAGUUUUAGCGAAUAAAAUAUUUUUAAAAAUAAAUUUGGCAACGUUAACUGCAGUCGGUAUUACGAUAUAAAGCAUAUGCGUAUCAGCAAAUUCAGCUUUCAGCAUGACAGCAUUGAAUUCAGGGGCAGGGCUUCAGCUUUCAGUAAACAGCAGUCAGCAGACCUACUGUCCUACUGGCCUAGUACACCCGUCUCCAUAAAUAUCCGACGUACCCAAACGGUGGGAAAUAUUUUAAUACCGCUGCAAUUAUUCUUGACACUGAAUAUCAUUGCAGCGGCAUGUAAAAAUUCUCUUUUUGGCGAUUUUCCCCAUUUUGGAUACCCCGUUUCCCCCUUGUUACAGAUCGUUACAAAAAAAGAGACAGCCCCCAUGUAAAAUACUGAACCCCCCUAGUUAAUUUAAGAAUGAAAAAUACAAAAUUUUUUUUAUUAAAGCCCAUUUAUUUUAUGGAACAUGGCACACACCCUUAGAUAGGCUCAAAAUAAGACGAAUGCAAGAGCAGAGUAGGCUAUCAACCUGAACUGAAGGGAAAAGUUUAAUUUUCUUCCUCCCAGGCACCAGUAAAAUGUUCUUCCAUAGUCAUAACUGGCAUCGAGUGGUCAUCUCCGUCGUCUUCUUGGGGCAGAAUUGUACCAGUGACAUCGAGGUCGUCCUCGUCAACCCAAUCUGCGUGUUCUUCUUUCUCUUGCAUAGCAA